AUGGAAAAUGAGAGUAACUUACAACUUACUUUCUCUAAGCGUCUUGCUGGUCUAUUCAAAAAGGCUAGUGAACAUUGUACGCUAUGUGGUGCUGAAAUUGUCAUUGUGGUAUUUUCUCCAGGCAAGGCCAACAAAGUUUACUCCUUUGGCCACCCCUCAAUGGAGUUGUUGGUGGAUAGGUUCCUCGGGAGGGAUCUCCCUCCACCAAAUAAUGAAGGCCGUCAUAACCAUCUCCUCAUGAAUCAUCAAAUGUUGUUCUUCGUGAGCUCAAUAAGGAGGUCAUGA